AUGUCUGGCAAAGGAGGAGUGAGCAAGGUCAUCUCAGAGAUCGAUGAGGAUUCGAAUGUUGACAGGGCGGGAAGAAAAGAAAGAGCUGGUCAUGGAACGAGAGAAAUCAGGAAAGAUCGGUUGUUGUACAGAGCGUGGGAAGUCCCUGUGAGACUUGAGAAGCGAAGAGAGGGCCAGCAGAGCGAGCAGGAGAAAGCCCGGGGAAAGGAAAAAGGGCGAAGAGAAGGGGAGAGAGAGGAGAGAGAGGGAGAGAGAGGGAGAUAUGAAGAAGGGGAAGAGGGACCAAAUAUUAUAAACCCUCGAAAUUCUAAACAAAUAGGGUUGCGUCAGGCAGGGCUACCCGCUAUCCCUGGGGGCCCACUGAGGGGUCACCGCUACUUCGUCCUUGCCCAACAACUCGCUCUCUUUGGCGCUGCAUCCUCGUUCGCGAGCCAGUACCAGUGA